UGUAUAUUUUAUACAUGUAUAUCCUGUGUCCUGUGUUCGAGUCCCUUCCUUUUGGUGGUACUCCUUCCCCUUUCCACAUUGUGUAGUUUGGAUGUGCCAUACCACUCCUCGUGAGAUUCAAAGUUAGUCCUUGCCAUGGCAGCAUCUACAAGCCAUGGGUGACAACUUUGAGCAAGAAUUAACCACUUUCGUGGCUCGAAGGCGAAAGUUUUUCCCAAUUUCAGAGCCGUCAUGCACUAUUGUUAGGUGUGAUAAUAGUUUUGCAGAGACAGGCAACCUGGAAGAGUAUGUAUCGCUGAAUUAUGAACAAAGAGAGCAGCGCUUACUGCAGAAUGUACGCAUAGGCGAUGUAUUUGUCUGUGAGGUCCUUGAUGUUCUGGACUAUUCUGGACUUGAUCUACGCUGUGUCGAGGUGCAUUGUCUCAUUGGCUCUAACCUGAUCCUGCCGGUUUAUACAUCCAUCCCGUGGCAGGUCACAUGUCCAAUCACGGAAUUGCCUCGAGAUGAUGACAAGGAAGACUUGACAGAAGGCUUUGCAGCCGGUGAUGUUCUUCGAGCUGUUGCCAUUCAUUGCCAGCGGUCAGAUGGCGAAGAUGGUGAGCGUGAAACAGCCUGGACCGUUUCCCUGCGAGCUCAUCGUCUGAGCGACAAGCACCGUGACUCCAUAGAGCUGGGUUUGCUCGGCCAUGAUGAAGGAGAGUCCACUUUGGUCAGAGUGGACAAAGCUUUAUGUCAGCAGUACACUGGUAGUGAUAAAGUGGUGCACUAUGGAGCAGCGCCAUCAGUCAAAACAGAUGGAGACUGCGGAACACGCUUCAUCGAUCGCAUCUGCAGCCAGGCGGCCUUCCGCAACCCGGCCUGUGUCAGCAGUCUCACGCAAGAGCUGGCCAUCAAUACUUCCAAGCCUUGUACUCUUCUCGAGUAUGGAACCAAGUUGGCUCGGCUAGAUGAAACGGAGAAGUACCUUGGGUUGCGUGCACGGCAUGUGCGUGAGCUGUCACGUGAAAUAAUGGAGGAAGGCAUCGAUCUCAUGAAGCGGGGUCAGCAAAAGGAAGCGUUUGAACGACUUGACACGGCUGUGAAGACCGAUCCCAAGAAUGCUGAUGCUAGAGUUGCUCGCGGUGCUCUGCAUGCCAAUCGCGGAGACUUUGCACCGGCCAUCCGUGAUUUUGACGAGGUUGUGCAGAGUGUGCCGGACCAUCAAAAUGCACGGCAGUACUGGGCAGACACCAAAGUUGCCUUCGCAAGAAAACUGGAGCGUACCAUGAAGCUGCAGCAGGCGUUUGAUCAUGUGCUGGAUGUCCUCCGCAAGCUGCCUAAUCAUGCCGCUGGUCUGGAAUUGGAGAAGCAGCUGAAGCCUCAUGUAUCGUUGGUCUCACCCGAGCAGUCAACACCAUCAACAGCCCACCGACGGACGUCCUUGACGACAUCAACAGCAGCCGCAACAUCGACGGAUGGGAGCCAAUGGCCAGGUCGUCAGCCACACUGUCAUGUCCCGAGUGAUGCCGGUAGUGGGCGCUCCGACUUCAGUUCUGAGGACUCCAGGUCGUCAGCAUCUGUGUCGUCAUCACCGCGCCACGCUGAUUCUCACAAACGUAAGCGAUCACGUAAAGCUGCUUCGGACUCGGCCGCACGUCUCGGCAGGGAGCAUAAGCACUACAGGAAAAAGAAGAAGAAGAAACGGCACUACUAUACGUCGUCCGCAACAUCUGAUGCUGAUAGUGGAAGUUCAUCUGACUCUCAUCGGCAUGUACGAAAGGCAGAGAAAAAGCAACGGACAUCCUUGAAGACAAAGCACCAUAAAGCGAAGAAACGCAAGCACAAAUCUGGCAAGAAGCACCAUUGACCAAUCCAUGUCAACCAAGUACGAGUGUUGUGUGUCUUCAGAUUUUAGCGAGCAGUGAGUUGUCAUGGUAACGAAUCAUUUAUGCAAACAA